UCCCCAUCCCCAUUGGCCCAACCCGCUCCUAAUCCCUCCCCUCUCGUGACAGACAGCCACAGAGCCAAUGGGCUGCGGCGCCUCUCCGGACACGCCCACCCUCCCCAGGCCGCGGAUUGGGCGGGGCCGGGCGGUGACGUGCGAGGGAGAGGGUAGCAACAGUUGCCUCGAGACCCGGCGGCAGGCGCCAUAGUGACCGUAGCCCUGGAGACUGUUACUUGCCAACGGGAGCAACGCGCGGCCCCGGCGGCCGGAGCCCAGCGCAGCCCGCGGCGCCCGGCGGGGAGGGCAGCAGUGAGCAUGCAGAGUUCCGAGGGUGGAUCAGACUCAGCAGCUUCCGUGGCACUUCACACCUCAGCGUCAGCCCAAGCUCCGGUGGUGCAGCUGGUGCCAUCGUCGCAGCAGAGGGUUUUGGUCCAAGCCACGGGCUCUGCUCCCAAAGGAGCGCAGAUGCAGCAAAUCUCUGUUCCCAGAGUCCAUCAGGCUGCACAACAGGUGCAAGCCGUGCAGCAUGUAUAUCCAUCCCAGGUCCAGUAUGUGGAAGGAGGAGAAGUUGUUUAUACCAAUGGAACCAUACGAGCUGCCUACUCCUACAACACGGAAGCUCAGAUUUACGCCCCCAGCAGCGCAGCAUCCUACUUCGAACCGCAGGGAGGUGGAGCUCAGGUGACUACAGCGGCAUCCUCCUCUCCUACAGCCAUUCCCUCUCACAACAUGGUGGGCAUCACCAUGGACAUUGGGGGAAGUCAGAUCCUCUCCGGCUCGGGAGCCUAUCUCAUUCAUGGGGGGAUGGAAAACACUAGACAUUCUCUGUCACAUACUUCACGCUCCUCUCCAGCAACGCUUGAAAUGGCGAUUGAAAACCUACAAAAAAAUGAAGGGAUUACAUCACACAAAAGCAGUUUGCUCAACAGCCAUCUCCAGUGGUUGUUGGACAACUACGAGACAGCGGAAGGCGUCAGCCUUCCCAGGAGCUCCCUCUACAACCAUUACCUGAGGCACUGCCAGGAGCACAAACUGGAUCCGGUGAACGCUGCUUCCUUUGGGAAGCUCAUCCGCUCAGUGUUCAUGGGGCUGAGGACCCGUCGCCUGGGAACCAGGGGAAACUCCAAAUAUCACUAUUAUGGGAUCCGCCUAAAGCCGGAGUCUCCGCUGAACCGUUUGCAGGAGGAUACGCAGUACAUGGCAAUGAGGCAGCAGCCCAUCCACCAGAAGCAAAGGUAUAGACCAGCUCAGAAGAUGGAUGGAAUGUCAGAGAGUGGCUCCAACAGUAACUCACACACUACGCCAGAGCAAUCGGUUGCCGCUCAAAGUCAGCAUCACCAGCAGUUCAUAGAUGUAACCCAUGUCUUUCCUGAGUUCCCAGCCCCUGAUGUAGGCAGCAUCCUCUUACAAGAAGGGGUGACCAUGAAUGAUGUGAAAACUCUGCAGCUUCUUUACAGGCAACACUGCGAGGUGACUUUGGAUGUUGUCAUGAAUCUUCAGUUUCAUUACAUUGAGAAACUGUGGCAAUCCUUCUGGAGUCCUAAAACACCAUCUAGUGAUGGCUCUACUGCUCUGCCGUCCAGUGAGGAGCAUGAAGCAACCCUCUCGAAAGAGAAGCUGAUCAGUCUGUGCAAAUACGAGCCCAUCCUCAAGUGGAUGAGAAGCUGUGAUCACAUCUUGUACCAGGCCCUGGUGGAGAUUCUCAUCCCAGACGUGCUCAGACCAGUGCCCAGCACACUCACCCAGGCGAUCCGUAAUUUUGCCAAGAGUUUGGAAGGGUGGCUGAUGAAUGCCAUGAGUGAUUUCCCCCCCGAGAUUGUGCAGACCAAGGUCGGGGUGGUGAGUGCCUUCGCGCAGACCUUACGGAGAUACACGUCCCUGAACCACCUGGCCCAGGCUGCCCGGGCUGUGCUGCAGAACACCUCGCAGAUAAACCAGAUGCUCAGUGACCUCAACCGGGUCGACUUUGCCAACGUGCAGGAGCAAGCGUCAUGGGUGUGCCAGUGCAAGGAAGGCAUGGUACAGAAGCUGGAGCAGGAUUUCAAGCUCACCCUGCAGCAGCAGAGCUCUCUGGACCAGUGGGCAAGUUGGCUGGAUAACGUUGUUACUCAAGUCCUGAAGCACCAUGAGGGCAGUCCCAGCUUCCCCAAGGCAGCCAGGCAGUUCCUGUUGAAAUGGUCUUUCUAUAGCUCCAUGGUGAUCCGGGACCUCACCCUGCGCAGUGCUGCCAGCUUUGGCUCCUUCCACCUCAUUCGCCUGCUCUAUGAUGAGUACAUGUUUUAUCUGGUAGAGCAUCGUGUUGCCCAGGCAACGGGGGAGAUGCCAAUUGCCGUCAUGGGAGAGUUUGGUGACCUCACAUCCCUGUCCCCAACGCUGCUGGACAAAGAUGACGUUGGUGACCUGGGCAGCGAGGUGGACACCGACUCCCGGAGCAUGGGGGAGCCGCUGGUGAAGCGGGAGCGCAGCGACCCUGGCUACUCCCUGCAGGAGAUCUGAAACGGGGACUCGGCUUUUCUCCAGCUGGGGGAAGACGUCCGGAGCCAGGUUUGGUGCUCGCAAGCCUGAGUCUCCUGUGUCUGCGUUA